AUGAGGGCUCUGAUCAUCGUCUUGUUGGCCGCUGUUGUGGCAGCGGAGCAACACAAGCGGGAGGCUGAGCCCUCCUACGGCGGCUAUGGAGUAACCUACAUACGUGGACCCACAGUCUACAGAUAUGGGGGCUACGGUGGUGGUCACGGACAUGGCCUGCACGGUGGUGGCUUCGGACAUGGCCUGCAUGGUGGUGGCUUCGGACAUGGCCUGCACGGUGGUGGCUUCGGACAUGGCCUGCACGGUGGAUCCGGCUACGGCUACCCCAGCUACGGCUACGGUGGACACCACAUCGGAAAGCGCGAGGCCGACCCGGAACCAGGCUACGGUCACCGAUCCUACAGCAUUUCUUAUGUAGUCCCUAAGUACUACGGCGGCCACGGCUACGGAGGACACGGACUUGGCUUCGGAGGACAUGGACAUGGCUUCGGAGGACACGGACUCGGCUUCGGAGGACACGGACUCGGCUUCGGAGGACAUGGACUUAGCUUCGGAGGUCAUGGACAUGGCCUGCAUGGUGGAUACAGCUACGGCUACCCCAGCUACGGCUACGGUGGACACCACAUCGGAAAGCGAGAGGCCGACCCGGAACCAGGCUACGGUCACCGAUCCUACAGCAUUUCUUAUGUUGUCCCUAAGUCCUACGGUGGCCACGGCUACGGAGGACACGGACUUGGCUUCGGAGGACAUGGACAUGGCUUCGGAGGACACGGACUCGGCUUCGGAGGACAUGGACUUAGCUUCGGAGGUCAUGGACAUGGCCUGCAUGGUGGAUACAGCUACGGCUACCCCAGCUACGGCUACGGUGGACACCACAUCGGAAAGCGAGAGGCCGACCCGGAACCAGGCUACGGUCACCGAUCCUACAGCAUUUCUUAUGUAGUCCCUAAGUACUACGGCGGCCACGGCUACGGAGGACACGGACUUGGCUUCGGUGGACAUGGACAUGGCUUCGGUGGACAUGGACUUGGCUUUGGAGGUCACGGUCAUGGCUUCGGAGGUCACGGACAUGGCUUCGGAGGUCACGGACAUGGCUUCGGAGGUCACGGACAUGGUGGACACGGACUUGGCUUCGGAGGACAUGGACAUGGCUUCGGAGGACACGGACUCGGCUUCGGAGGACAUGGACUUGGCUUCGGAGGUCAUGGACAUGGCCUUCACGGUGGAUACAGCUACGGCUACCCCAGCUACGGCUACGGUGGACACCACAGACUUGGCUUCGGUGGACAUGGACUUGGCUUUGGAGGUCACGGUCAUGGUUUUGGAGGUCACGGACAUGGCUUCGGAGGUCAUGGUCUCAGUCUUGGUGGAUAUGGCCGUGGCUAUGGUUACGGACGUUAAAUUUUCAGUAUCAUCAAACCUGUGAAUUUUAAAUCUGAAAUAAAUAUUAUUUUUCAACAUA